CAAGAACUCUGUGGAGCUGGUGUUUUUCGCACAGUGUGUGAGGACGCUUCCCUUAUAUCGUUUCUGCUUCGCACUUCAAUAGUUCGAAAGACUCUGUUUAAAACUCAAGAACACGAGGAACCCAAAUUUUUGACCAACGUCAUGCUUUUAGUAGUUCUUACCGCAGCCCUUGCGGCUCAGAUGGCUUCGGGACGUGUCAUAGCGCGUCACGGAGGUCACGAUGAAGUAUCGUAUUCCCUUACCGACACCAAAAUUGCAAUGAGCAGAACCACUGUUCAACACUCGUCAUCUCCUUAUGUGUCGUCGAUGGCGCGCAACAUGACAAUAACCAUCCACACGACGGAAACCGCAUUCCGCCCCGCCCCAAGCAACGGAAGCCACGCUCCCUACCCAAACGCAACCUCCACAUCCAGCGGGAGCUGCGGAUCAGGUAUCCCCGCUUCCUCGCUUGCCCUGUCCACGCCCUCAACCCCCACAGCUCCGCCAACAGCACCGUGGCUCGCCUGGCCCACUCCACGCGCGAACAACAGCGCAGUUUUCACAUCCACAAUGACCACCCCGCGCUUCUCCCUCAUCGGCGCAGCGCCCUCGCAAGCCGCGCCCUCCGAUCCGAUUAUCUUCGAUCCCGGGCGCCUGCCUAGUCCCACCGCGCUGACGAGCACGCUGCACAUCACCGUCACAGCGAGCGUGCCGGGCUCGACGGGUGCGCGUUCUACUGCGGGACAGGUGGCGGCGUCGUCGGAAGCUGCAGGUACGGGUACGUCGACCACGACCGUGUCUUCUGCGGGUAGCUACGCGGAACCCCCGUCUUCUAUGGCUUCGGCAUCGUCGCGUCCAGCCCCGCUGACCUCGUCGUCGCUAGCGGCGCGGCCGUCGUCGAUGGCACACGGGCUGCCGGCGGUGCACACGACUAUUCUCUCGGCGGAUCCGCGCUGUCCGUAUCCGUUCCCGGGGGUGUACUGUGGAGAGCCGAAGACGACGCUUGUUACUGAGGCGCGGAGCGCGGAGACGAGUGCGCCGACGGCUACGGGCGGGAGUGGGAAGCCGAAGGAGACGGGGUGGUGUCCUUACCCUGGACUCAUCUGUUGAGGGGAAUGCUGACAGAAAGUUAGAUCGCGGAUGACUGUUACGAAGACGUUGAUGCUGGUGAUUGUUGCGGAUGUUGUUGCGCAGGGGAUGCGAGUUUGAUGUACAGGGAGGAGAGAGUUGAUUCAGUUCGUUUGU